AUGUUUUGCGCAAGUACGUCUUUCUGGGGAAGCUCCCAGGAGCCCGUUCUCUCCAAGAAGUCCGGCGCCAUCUACGAGAAGCGGCUCAUUGAGCAAUACGUCGAGAAGAACGGCACGGAACCCGAGACGAACGAAGCCCUCACGGCCGAAGACCUCAUCCCCCUCAAGACGUCGCGCGUGAAUGAGUGGGACUCGGUAGCGCUGGGCACCCGCACGCUGAUGGAGGAGCUGGCGCGUACCCGGGAGGAGCUCAGCACGGCGCUGUACCAGAACGAUGCGGCGAAGCGCGUCAUUGCUCGGUUGACCCGGGAGCGGGACGAGGCGCGCGAUGCCCUGUCCAAGGUGACUGUCUCGGGUGGUGCGGCUGCUGCGAAUGGGGAUGACAUGGCGAUAGAUUCGGUGCAGGGACUUUCGGAGGAGUUGGCUGCCAAGGUGGAUGAGACGCAUAAGCAACUUUCCAAGAGCCGAAAGAAGCGACCUGUCCCCGGUGGAUGGGUGACGGGCGAAGAGGUUGCCGAGUUCGCCACCGAAUCUUCCACAUCCCUCCCCUUUUCUCAGGUUACGGCCCUCACGGUACAGGAGGAGGGCAGCUACGCUGCCAUCUCGUCGGCCCAGGGCGAUACCGCCAUCUUCUCAGUCGACGAAGGCAAGGUCGAGCGGCAACUCGCGGUCAACGAACCCGUCACGGACGAGAUCUGGACCGGCACCAAGCUCAUCGUCUCCACGGCCAAGGGCUCCGUCAAGGUGUACGACAGCGGCAAGGAGAUUGCCUCGCUCACCGAACACGCGGGCGCUGCUACGGCGCUCGCCUUGCACCCUUCGGGCGACUUGGUAGCGUCGGUUGGCGCUGACAAGCUCGUCGUCUUCUACCAUCUCGAGUCCUUUACGCCGGUUGGUCGUUGCUACACGGAUUCCGCCCUCACGACCGGCCGUCUUCUCCUCGGCGCGCCCCUCCAGGCCCUUGUCUUCUCCGAGAAUGGCUUCUGGUUCGCCGCCACGGCCAAGGGCCAGACCACCGUCACCGUGUUCGACCUGCGCAAGGAGGGCGACGCGGCCAAGGCCAAGGUCCUCGAGGUGGGCGGCGCCGUGCAGUCCCUAGCCUGGGAUUACACGGGCCAGUUCCUCGCGACGGCGGGGCCGAGCGGCGUGACGGUACAGCAGUACGCCAAGGGGUCCAAGGCGUGGUCGGAGCCGUUGAGGAGCUCCGUGGCGAGCUCGGGUAUCCGGUGGGGCGCGGAGGGCAAGAAGCUGGUUGCGGUGAACACGGAUGGCGCCGUGACGGUUUUGGCGGCGAAGGAAUAG